UUAAUUCUUAGCCAGAGUUUAGGAUAUUUGAGUGAGGUAUUUCAUACAGUUAUACUGUAGGUACAGGAGCUGACUGGCGACCUCUGGGGGAAGGGGAAUGGCUCUGAGACACUCCAGCCGGCAGCGGCCGGGUUCCGCUCAGGGAGCUAGCCCCUUGGGUAGGGGGAGACGGGUGCGCCUGAACUUGCAUAACGAGAAGGAGGAGCUGCAGGAGCUCAAUGACCGGCUUGCCACUUACAUCGGGCAGAACCACUACCGGGAGGAUGAGGAGGCGGCGCAGCUGGCCAGGCUCAGAGAGCAGCAGGAGGCAGACAGCUCCUGUCACCGCAGCAUCUGCGCCCGCUUGGAGUCUGAGCUGAGCGAAGCCCGGAGCCGGCUGGCCCGCUCGGCCAAAGACAAGGCUCGGCUGGAGAUAGAGGUCACCCGGCUCUCCGAGGAGCACCGCGACCUGCGGGAGAGAAAUGGAAAAAAGGAAUUUGAGUUGAAAGGUGCUUUGGCCCGAGUGACUGUUUUGGAAACUUGCCUGAAUUCCAAAGAAGCUCAACUGGCGACAAAGCUAAGCGAGAAAGCAACCUUGGAGAAUGAGCUCAGCGAAGUCAAAGCUGAGCUCGCAAACGUUAAGUCAGUUGCCAGCGACGCUAAAGCACAGCUCCAAGAUGAAAAGUUACAAAACUGGGACUUGGCGCACAGAGCACGGACGUUGCAGGAAAAGCUGGAUUUUCAGAAAAGCUUACAUGAGAAGGAAAUCAUGAGAAUCAAGAGGCAUAAUGAAACUAGACUCCAAGAAAUCGAGGCUGGUAGUCAACAGGAAUGUGGGAACAAACUAGCUGAGGCACUUCAGCAGCUAAGGCAUGAUCAAUAUGAACAGAUUAAGCAGUACAAGGAGCAACUGGAAGGGAACUUUGAUGCCAAGCUCAAGAAUGCCCAGCUGGCUGCUGCAAAAAGCAACGAAUUUGUUAAAGCUGCAAAGGAAGAAUUAGCAGAAGCAAAAAUCAGGAUAGACGAUCUAACAUCACAGCUUCAUCAAUGUCGCAAUAAGAUUUCUACUCUGAGCGCGAAGAAUCAGGAUUUGGAGGAAGCAUUAGAUCGUGAGAAGACAGUUAGCCACCAACAGCUGGCGCGCAAGGAGCAAGAAGUUGCUGAAAUUCGUGAGAAAUUGCAGGUCCAGAUGGAGGAAUUAGGUGAAUGUUUGGGUAUGAAAUUGCCUUUGGACAUGGAAAUAAAUGCUUAUAGGAAGAUGCUGGAGGGAGAGGAGCAAAGAUUUGAUAUGACACCUACUCCAGUUUCACGUCGAGUGGCCCUUACCUCGGGAGGUGACCCAAGGUUCCGAGGAACAAAGCGAAGAUUGAUCGAACCAGAGGUUGCCAGCCGCGUUUACGGAAUACGUGAACAUGUGUUUUCCACCGGGCAACUUAUCUUAGAAGAAAUUGACAAUGAUGGAAAAUUUAUCAAAAUAAAGAAUAUUUCUGAUAAGGAUCAGCCAUUAGGUGGAUGGACAAUAAGGAGAGAAUUUCCGGAUUUGACCCAGCUUACUUACAAAUUUCCUGCACGUUUUACACUUAAAUCUAAGCAAGUUGUAACAAUCUGGGCUGAAGGUUCUGAUGUUGUCCUGGUGUGGAGGGGCCAGAAAUCAUGGGGAACAAGAGAUGAUAGAGAGGUAGUUCUCCUCAAUGCUAAUGGAGAGGAGAUGGCUUCAUGUGCUGCUGUGCAAAUACCUGGAAUAUUGGGAAGUGAAUCUAGAGACCAGGACGAUGAAGAUGUCGUUGAGGGCAGCAGGCAAACUGAACAUUAUCCAAAGGGCCGUGCUGAGAAUGAAGAUCCAAAUUGCUGUAUAAUAUCCGAGAGAAAUGGAUUCUUCUAAAUAACUGUUCCUUCUGAGAGAUGCUCUCUGUAAUUGUAUGUUUUUGCCAAAUUGCUGAUUUGUAAUGAUCAAAGGUGUUUUUUAAUCACCUUAAUUUUAUGGUUCAUUCGGACACUUUAAAUGAAAAUGAUGCACAAAUGUCAUGAAAUGUUUAUUGCUGCAAAUUGUGACAACUGACACAACUGAAAUGACCUUUUAAGUGUGAUUCAAUUUAGGAAUGAUUUGGAUCUCUUUCAUUUGAUCAGUGUCUCUCUCACCUUUUCAUCCUCAAUCAACCCCAUAUGCACAAUUUAAAAUUUAUCAACAUUGUGUUUAAAUGUUUUGUCGCUUUGUUCCUUAAUUCCUGACAAAAUGGUUAAAUCUCAAGAGCAUUCUCCAGAAAUUAGAUAUUUAAUUUCACCCAGCUCUUUGCGUUUAUUUGCUUGUCCACUUCGUAUCUAUUACCCACAAAACUCUCAAUUU